CUAUUAAAGGAACAACAUAAUACUACUAUAAACUCUUCUUCUUCCCGUUUUAGGACCACAAGAUAAAAAAAACAAAUGAACCUGCUUUGUUUAUAAAACAUAAUCAUCUGAAACAAGACUCAAAUGCACUCCUGGGAGAUGAAAUAUACACGUAUGGUUCGCUCUUCUUUCUUUCUCGCCCUCCUUUUUGUCUUCUCUGUCUUGUCUUCACAAACGGCCGUGGCAUUCAUCGGAACAUACGGUGUAAACUACGGUCGCAUAGCCGACAACCUCCCAUCUCCCGAAUCAGUAGCGACCCUCCUUAAAUCAGCAAAGAUCAGAAACAUACGUAUCUACGACGCUGACCACUCCGUCCUCGCGGCCUUCCGUAACACCGGGAUAGAGAUCAUCGUUGGCCUAGGCAAUGAGUUUCUCAAGGACAUUAGCGUUGCGGAAGACCGAGCCAUGACUUGGGUUAAAGAAAACGUCGAGCCUUUCAUACGAGGUGGUACUAAAAUCAGCGGUAUAGCCGUGGGUAACGAGAUUUUAGGUGGCACCACUAUCGAGCUUUGGGAAGCUCUCUUACCCGCGGCCAAGAACGUUUACUACGCUCUUCGCCGUCUAGGACUUCAUAAUAUGGUCGAGGUGUCGAGUCCACACUCAGAGGCGGUGUUUCAAGACUCGUAUCCCCCGUCGUCAUGCACGUUCAGGAACGAUGUGGCGCCGUUUAUGAAGCCGUUGUUAACAUUUUUCUGGCAAAUUGGGUCGCCGUUCUACAUUAACGCUUACCCGUUUCUAGCUUAUAAAUCUGAUUCAAAGGAAAUUGACCUUAACUACGCCAUCUUCGAGCAUACCAAAGGCAUUUACGACCCCAAAACUAAGCUUCAUUACGAUAACAUGUUUGAUGCCAUGGUCGAUGCUUCUUAUGCUGCUCUCGAAAAAGCUGGCUUUCCAAAAGUGUCGGUCAUUGUUUCGGAGACGGGGUGGGCAUCAAAAGGCGACCCAGAUGAAGCAGGAGCAUCGGUGAAGAACGCGAAAACAUAUAAUCGGAAUCUUAAAAAACGUCUAAAGAAGAGAAAAGGCACACCGUACAGACCAAACAUGCCGGUGAGAGCUUACGUGUUUGCUCUAUUCAACGAGAAUCUGAAACCGGGACCCACUUCCGAGAGAAAUUUCGGACUAUUUAAACCAGACGGUAGUAUUGCCUACGACAUUGGUUUCAAGGGACUCAAAGACUCUUCUGCCACACGGUGUGGGUUUGGGACGUCCUUUAACGCUCUUGUUUCAGUUUGUGUUGUUAUGUUUCUUCUUCUUCACCGUUUGGUUUGAGGGUUGUGGUUUUCGAGGAUUUCAAAUUGACUGACCCUUUGGUUUUAUAGAAAUGUAUUAAUAUUUAACCCCGUAAUUCUUGAUUUGUUUGUGAAUAAUUGCUUCUUUAGUUUUAAGCGUUAACUAGAUUUUGACUCGUGCUUUCAAAGCACGGGUUUAUUUUCCUUUAUUUUUUUUAAAUUGACAAAUAUUUAGUAAAUAUCAUAUUUUCA